AUGUUCACAAACUUCAUAGUUCGAACGUUACCACAUGGCGUGCUAACGCGUUCGAUACACACAACAAGCGUGUGCAAUGAAAUUCGCAAGCUAGCCCGGCUCCGCGUGGUCGACAACAGCGAUAUUGGUAAACUGGCCAUGGCUGAGGGCCGGCCGCCGAAGUGCAUUCACGUUUACAACAAACAAAGCGUCGGUAGAAUCGGCGACAAAGUGCUGGUGGCGAUCAAGGGACAGAAAAAGAAAGGCAUUCUCGUCGGAUGCAAGCAGUUCCAGAAACCCAAGGUGCCGAAAUUCGACAGCAACAACCUGGUGCUGAUCGACGACAAUGGCACACCCCUUGGAACGCGCAUUCACGUGCCCAUUCCGACGAUCCUGCGGACCAUCUUGAAGGAGAAAACGCAAGCGAAGGGGGCCGAUUACACCAAACUACUCGGCAUAGCAAGUAGAUUUGUUUAGUUUUAUAAA